AUGGCCGUUUUCCGGCUGGACCCCUGUGGGAUCAUCUGUAUUCUGAUCACGUACCUUGCCGUGUUUUAUGCCGACUAUGUCGUCGUCAGACACAUUGUGCUGCCUUCUAUGACCGAUUCAUUAUGGGGAUCCUUAUGUGCUGUAGUCUUCAACACCAUCAUUUUCUUGCUAAUUGUAUCACAUCUGAAAGCUGUCCUUUCAGACCCUGGGAUUGUACCUAUCCCGAAAACAAGUAUGGAUUUUUCUGACAUACAUUCAGACUCAUCAAAACUUAAAACGAACGAUGGAUGGACUGUGUGCAUGAAAUGUGAAACAUACCGCCCACCCAGGGCUCACCAUUGUCGAGUCUGUCGCAGAUGUGUUCGGCGCAUGGACCAUCAUUGUCCGUGGAUCAACAACUGUGUUGGAGAGUAUAACCAGAGGUUUUUCAUCCAGUUCCUCUUCUAUGUUGGUCUGGCUAGUGUGUUUGCAAUAACUCUCGUUGUCAUAGCCUUGUUGACACAGCCGCAGAUUAGAAAGGAAUACAGACAAAACAGACUGCUGCACUGUGUCUUACUAGUAAUUGAAAGCAUCUUGUUUGGUCUUUUUGUCAUCGCCAUCGGCUGUGACCAGAUGUCAGCAAUUUGUCAUGAUGAGACUGCAGUUGAAUAUGUGAAGAAAGAAGGAAUAUUUCGACCAAAGAAGUCUCGGCUGGUCUUGCUUCAGGAAGUGUUUGGGAGAAGUCACCCGUUGCUCUGGCUGUGGCCAUUUCAAGAUGUUCAUGUAACAGAAUCUCAGGAGCCCUUACAAUAUGUGUGA